AUGAACCAACCGCACGACGUCCAGAUCGUCCUUAGUCAUGACCGCAAAUACCCUUUCCAUGCAAGCACCCUAGCACGCAGCAGCGUCUUGUUCGCGGACAUGCUCACGGAGCCUAGUGCCGCCAGGCUUAGCACCAAAGCCAAGUACGUGGGCAUCAGCAGGCGCUGGGUCGUUGAGCUGGUAGAGAUGCCGACCGCCCAGUAUCCCGCAGGCCAGCUCGAACUUAUCGAACUCAAUCACAACGGCGAGCGCGUGGAUGGUUUCGCUGGCCGCGUCAUGAAUGAGAACGGACGUAUACCAACGAAGAUCUUUAAGAAUUGGGAGCGCGUUCUCUAUGCGUUCUACGGCAAGGAUAUCCGCAUCGCUGACGAUGAUAUGGGCGCUGCACUCGUGGACUGCAUCGGUCUGAUCGAGGUUUCGGAGUACCUUGGCUGCGUCGCCCUGAUCGGCAAAGCUGUGGAAGUCGCGCUUCUGAAGCACGGCCAGGCGCUCUUCCGUUCUAUCCAGGCCAACCCACAAGGAUGGGCUAAUAUGAGUUUCCGCAUCCGCUCCGACUUGAUCUUCCGCGAGUCCAUCAUUCAUCUGGCCGGCCACUGGAAUUACUGGAAGAAGAAUCGUACCGCGAUGUCAGGGUUGGCCAAGACCCCGGGUGCAAAGCAGCUGGCCGAGAAGUAUCAUCGCCGUCUUGUUGAGAGGACUAGGGCACUGGAGAAUAAGCUGGCCUCUCACUAUCCCGGUGAUAUCGCGGUUCCGAAGCCCAACGACAUCCCUAUCAAGCGCGAAGAGUAUGCAAAGGACAUCCUUAUCUGGAUGGCUCUGGCCUGGUUCCGCCACUGGUUCACGCAGCGCAUGAUCGCCGACAAAGGCCACACCGCCGACGAUGGCGGCUACGCACUGUACAAGGCCAUCGGCGCCGGCGGCGACGCCUACAUGGACAAAGCCGUCAUCUCGCAAUUCCACGGAAUGUUCCCCAUCACGAAGAAGGCUAUCAACGUAAUCGAAAACCACGUUUGCGAGCUCAAGGAGUGCAUGGCCGAGUGGGUACAGAAGUCGAACCUCAUGAAGAGCAAUUGCCAACUUAAUGUUGAGAAGUACCCAGUCGGCUACAUGACCUGCGUUGAGUUCGAGAAUGGCGACUUUUUCUGGCUGAAGGAUGACCGCGACGACGCCAUGGCGAGCAAGAAGGGCAAGCGUCCGGGAGGAAACGACAUCGCGCAGCGCAAUCUGGAAGCUGCCAAGCGGCACCAGGAGCAGCGCGAGAUUAGCACGGGCUCGGAGGAUCUGGCAGUCGAGGACGAUGAGGAUGAUGAGGAGCCGGUGCGCGCUCCUAAGCGUGGUCGAUUCGGAUAG